AUGGCGGACACCCUUUGCAGAGCCCAGACGUCUCAACACAGAGCCCUUGACCGAAUGCAGGCUGACCAGGCUGAGUUGAAGAUCCCUCUCAUUUGCCAGGAGCCAAGGACCAUGAACAGCCAGGGCAAUAAGAGGACAACAAAAGAAGAAUUCAGUGAUUUGAGAUUCCAGAACUUCUCACUGCUGAAAAAUAGGUCAUGGCCACGUCUCAGCAGUGCCAGAGGGCGGUGUCAGGUGGCUCUCGAACCAUUUCCGGAUCACAGAAAGAACUUGGCUGCUGUCCUGGAUGGAGAAAAAUGCUACAGUGACAAUGACUAUGAAGACCCGGAGCUCCAGCUGCUUAAGGCAUGGCCGUUGAUGAAAAUUUUACCAGCCAGACCUAUACAGGAGUCAGAAUACGCAGAUACACGCUAUUUCAAGGACAUGAUGGAGGAUCCCCUUCUGCUACCUUCCAAGGCUUCUGUCUCCACUGAGAGGCAAACCUGGAAUGUAGGGAUGAGGCGGCAGGAAGAAGUGGACAAGCCCUUCUCCAAGGAUGUCAGAAGCCAACGCUUUAAAGGAUUCAAAUACACAGAGGUGAACAAGAUUCCUUUGCCACCUCCUCGGCCUGCCAUCACUCUCCCCAAGAAGUAUCAACCCUUACCUCCAGCACCACCAGAGGAGAGUGGUGUACACUUCCCUGAAAGACAUGCCUUUUCAGAAGUCCAGAGGGGGCCCAGGCAGAUCAGCUCAAAAGACUGCAGUGAGGUAUUCGGCGCAGGAGAAGGAUCUCAUCGUCAGGCAAAGCCAGAACAUUUUUGCUCACCACCAAACCAGAACACUCAGAAGGACCCACCUGCCAUUGCCAGCUCGUCCUACAUGCCAGGAAAGCACAGUGUACAAGGCAGAGACCAUACAGGCAUCAUGCAACACUGCGCUCCUCAGAGAUGUCAAGCUGCAGCCAGCCGUCACCUUCACUAUCGAGUGCUGCCCUUUGAAAACACAAACAUAGGGAAACCUGUUCCCACAAAGCCUGACGAGAAGGGUGUCCAACGGAAUGAAUGGUACGUUGGAGAAUACAGUCGCCAGGCAGUGGAGGAGGUGUUAAUGAGAGAGAAAAAGGAUGGAACCUUUUUGGUCCGAGAUUGUUCCACAAAAUCCAAGGCAGAACCGUAUGUUUUGGUGGUGUUUUAUGGGAACAAAGUCUACAAUGUGAAAAUCCGUUUCCUGGAGAGCAACCAGCAGUUUGCCCUGGGCACAGGACUCAGGGGAAAUGAGAUGUUUGAUUCUGUGGAAGACAUCAUUGAACACUACAAGUAUUUUCCCAUUACACUGAUAGAUGGGAAAGACAAGGCAGGUGUGCAGAGGAGACAGUGCUACCUCACCCAGACACUGCCUCUCACCAGGCGCUUCUGGACUCAGUAUGAAAAUUCACUUACAGAAAUGAGGUGUGGUGUGUGGAACAAGAGCCAUUAUGAAUACCAGCUUGAAGACAGAGAACAGAAACAGAUGGACUGUGACAUGAAGUGGCCACAGGCCCAGACUUUGGCCUGCUCUGUGAACAGUGACUUCAGUGGAACUAGCAGGGACACGGAGAAUCCUGACUCAUCCUAA